AUGUCGUCACGUAUGUGCCCUCAUCACUCACUAUUUUUCCUCCGUAAACCCUCUCUUUGUCCGCUUCCAACGUCACCUUUACUUACCGUCUCUAUCUCUCUGACCGCGACUAUCAGAUUUAUCUACCUUUGUCCUUUCUUUCUUUUUCUCUUUUCCUAUAACGUCUUCAUUUUCUUUCUUUCUUCUUUUAUUACCGGCAUCAAUCUCUUUGGGUUGUUUAAUGACGUAUCUAAAUUUCUGUUAAAAUAUCUAUCUCAGUCUCUUCAUUAUCUAUCUAUCUAUCUAUCUAUCUAUCUAUCUAUCUAUCUAUCUAUCUAUCUAUCUAUCACAGACACUUCAUUAUCUAUCUCUCAGAGUCUGUUCAUUAUCUAUCUAUCUAUCUAUCUAUCUAUCUAUUUAUCUAUCUAUCUAUCUGUUGUGUUUCAACACUAUCUAUCAAGGUCUCUUCAUUAUCUAUCUAUCUCUCAGUGUCUGUUCACUAUCUAUCUAUCUAUCUAUCUAUCUAUCUAUCUAUCUAUCUAUCUAUCUAUCUAUCUAUCUAUCACAGACUCUUCAUUAUCUAUCUAUCUAUCUCUCUGUUCACUAUCUAUCUAUCUAUCUAUCUAUCUAUCUAUCUAUCUAUCUAUCUAUCACAGACUCUUCAUUAUCUAUCUAUCUAUCUCUCUGUUCACUAUCUAUCUAUCUAUCUAUCUAUCUAUCUAUCUAUCUAUCUAA